UCAUGAUUAGUAUUCUAAUCAAUCCGUCCGUGGAUGCACUGCAGUCGGUCGUCAGCUAGCCUCGCGCGGGGCAACGACUAUAAAGAUGAUGCACCGACACACCACGAUGUAAUCACAUCGGCGUUGACAGGUAGCGCUAUCAGUUUCAUGCAAAAGCUAUGAGUAUGCCAUUAUGAAGGGUCAGAUCGAUGCAUAUCUCGACUGCGUGUCACCAUACUCGUACUUUGGCUUCGUCUAUCUCAUAAGGAAUAGAGCGAUCCUGACGUCUCAUGAUGUGGAGGUCAACUUGAUCCCUGUCUUCUUGGGAGGUAUCAAUCGAGCGACUGGAAACAAACCGCCAGGAUCUUUACCGGCCAGAGGGGCAUACUUGCAGUGGGACCUUUUACGAGCGAAAAUUGCUUUCGGCAGACCUCAACUCACUACUCCUUCGUUCUUCCCCAAUCUAACUCUUCUUCCGCAACGAGCUAUGGUCUUCGUGAAGGAUAAUUACCCAGAAAGCAAGGUCGUUGCGAUGUACAAUGAGCUUUGGGUCGCCAUGUGGGAACAGAGCAUUGACAUCAGUAAAGUGGACGCUUUGACUGAAGUAUUCUCGAGACACUUCCAACAAGAGGACGUCAUUAAAAUCCUAGAGGCUGCUGAUACGACAGAGAUCAAAGAAAAGCUCAAUGAGAACACAAGGACAGCCUUGGAGCGUGGAGCGUUUGGCUGUCCAUACAUGUGGAUACGCAACCAGGACGGCAAGGAGGAACCUUUCUUUGGAAGUGACAGGUUUCAUUAUGUGUGGGACUUUUUGAGUAUUCCACGAAACCAAGUAGCGCCGUUAGACAAACCUCACCUCUGAAUCAGGAAUAUGACAUCUAGACCUAGUCAUCCUAAUACGGCUUCUUAUGUGUGUACACACUUUAGUGGCAUCAAGAGGCUAGUCGAAACAUCUAACAGUCUGGUCUGUCAUAAGAGGUGUCCAUUCUAACCAAUGAUAGACAAGUGAUAUAGCAAAUAAUGCGGCACAAGUCUACAGUCAUUGCUACAAUGGACUCAGUAUUAGAAAAAUUGAUGAUGUAUCACUGUUUCGGCAGAAAUUGUGCUCAUGCCAGUACCCAAUCUCAAGUCGCCG